AUGAAGUGGUUUGUGUUGGUCUGUAUACUUUCAGUGAAUUUUGCCAAACACGAGCAUUAUAUAGGAUGGAAAUCCUACUACAUCGCAGUGUCCACCGGCGACCAGUCCAAGGCCUUAGUGCCUAUGGUGCAGAAGUAUGAGCUGGACUUCUUGAGCCACCCAUCUAAGGGUCGCGAGGGUGUGGUGCUGGUGAAGCCACAGUAUCAGGCUGCCUUUGUAAAGGAGUUGGAAGCUGAAGGCAUUGUGUAUAGGAUCCACGUUGACGAUGUGAAGAAAAAGCUGGACUAUGAUGAUCAGCUCAUAGAAGUAAAGAAAAAAUCCACAAUGUCGAGGAAAAGAAGUAGAAAGCUGCCUUUCGACAACUAUCAGGAUAUCCAAGUGAUCGAUAAUUACUUAGAUAACAUAGCAAAAAAAUACCCAAAAGUUGCAAAAGUAGUUACUGGAGGAACUACUUUCAAAGACCUACCGAUAAAAUACAUCAAGAUUUCCACAACGAACUUUGAAGAUGAGACCAAACCAGUGAUUGUUAUAGACGGAACUAUUCACGCUAGGGAGUGGAUCACACCGCCCACUGUCACCUGGGCCAUACAUAAGCUGGUGGAAAAUGUCACUGAACCUGAUCUGCUGAAAAGGUUCGACUGGAUCCUCGUACCUGUCGUCAACCCUGAUGGAUACAAGUAUUCCUAUCAUAUUGAGCGUUUUUGGCGUAAAACCCGCUCUUACGACAAAAAUCCCGUCAGUUUCGUCUGCCGAGGAGUAGACGCGAAUCGGAACUUUGACAUCAAAUUCAACACAGAUAGAUAUCAUUCGGACUACUGCAGAGAAACCUUCCAAGGGACCCAUGCCUUCUCUGAACCAGAAUCCAGAGUCAUCAGGGAUAUUUUACAACAGAACUUGGGUCGGAUAGCCUUGUAUAUCAGCCUUCAUAGUUAUGGAAGCAUGAUCAUGUAUCCAUGGGGUCAUGAUGGAUCUCUAUCUCAUAAUACUCCAGCUCUUCAAGCUGUUGGGUCAGCCAUGGCUUCUGCUAUUCAGAAUAAAGCUCUUCCUGACUUUCCAAGGUACCAAACUGGGAAUACUGGUCAACUUGUGUAUUUGUCAACUGGUACAUCGACAGACUAUGCUCAUUCUAUUGGUGUACCGUUAGCCUAUGGCUUUGAGUUACCUGGUCUAGCUGACGGUAAUGCAGGGUUUAAUCUGGAACCGAAGUAUAUUAAACAGGUUUGCCAAGAGACGUGGGCGGGUUUUGUCGUGGGCGCCAGACUAGCUGGUGAUUUGUUUAAGAUUAAAAUUUGA